CGGUUCCUCCUCACCCUCCUGGACAACGCCUACGCCUCGUCCUUCGGCACCUUCCUGUGCAACAGCGAGCGCGAGAGGGUUUUUCCUGCGCUGGGUCCAGCCCUGGCAGCAGCGGGACGAGGCGUGGGCACAGAUCCAGAUCCUGCUGGGGCACGACCCCAAAAACAGCAUGGACAGCCCUGACCCCAAAAACGGGAUGGACAGUCCUGACCCCAAAAACGGCACAGACAGCCCCAAAAACGGCAUGGACAGCCCCAAAAAUGGGACGGACAGUCCCAAAAACAGGACAGACAGCCCUGACCCCAAAAAUGGCACGGGCAGUCCUGACCCCAAAAACGGCACAGAGAGCCCCAAAAACAGCAUGGACAGCCUGAAAAAUGGGACAGACAGCCCCAAAAACGCCAUGGACAGUCCUGACCCCAAAAAUGGCACGGACAGCCCCAAAAACGGCACGGACAGUCCUGACCCCAAAAACAGCACGGACAGUCCUGACCCCAAAAACAGCACGGACAGUCCUGACCCCAAAAAUGGGAUGGACAGCUCUGACCCCAAAAACAGAAUGGACAGUGGGACAUGAGAACGUAUGGAAAUCCUCGAUGUCCCAGGAUUUUGGGACAAGGUGACCCUGCUUUUUUUUUGGGAUGAUGUGAUCCCGGAUUUUUUUUUGGGAUGAGGCGACGCUCCAUUUUUUUUUUGAGGAAGAGAUGACACCAAAAAACCCAAAACCCUCAAAAAUAGGAUAGGGGGGGGUGAAUGGGGCAAUUCAGGUGUUGGUGCCAUUCCCAGUACAAAAAUCCCAUAAAUGAGGGAAUUCAGGUUCUGGUUCUGGUUCUGUUCCUACCACAGAAAUCCCAUAAAUGGGGGAAUUUGGGUCCUGGUUCCAUUCCCAGCACAGAAAUCCCAUAAAUGGGGGAAUUCAGGAAUGCUGGGGAAGCUGGAAUGGGAAUUUUGGGGUCACCAACCCCUCCUGGAACCCAAAAAAGAAAAAAAGGAUCAAUGGGACAGGGGGUGAAUGGGGGAAUUUAGGUUCUGGUUCCAUUCCCAGCACAGAAAUCCUAUAAAUGAGGAAAUUCAGGUUCUGUUCCCAUCAUAAAAAUCCCAUAAAUGGGAAAAUUCAGGUUCUGGUUCUUUUUGAUCCACAUCAGAACAAAACAAAAAACCCCAAAAAAAACGAAGCGUUUCCCUCAUGUUUAGAAAAAAUUUUUAUUUAUUUCCAAAUCUUUUUUUUUUCCAAUAAAAUCCAUCCCCCGACCCCAAAACAAAAAUUAAAUAAAUCUCUUUCCGGGAAYAAUUUUAGGAUUUUCCAAGGAUCCUAAAUGGGGUUGGAGGAGGGGGAAUUUUCCUUUUCAGGCCUCGAACUCGAACUCGAAGUAUUGGGGGUCGAAGUAGUGGAUGCGCACGUAACCGUCCUCACCGCCGCUGCUGUAGCUGUGGGGUGGAAAUCCCA